UCCCCACCUGCGCCGAAAGUGGCCUCGGGUUGACAACAGCUAAGCAGCCGCGGCAGCUGCUCCUCUGGCUGGCACCCUUACCCCCGCCCGACCCCAGGCUCCGCGCGUGCCCCGGACGGGAGCAGUCCUUCCUGCACUCACCUCCUGCCCACUGGCCGCCGUGUCAGGGUCUCGAACCCCGAGUGGUGGGCGCGGCCUCCAGUCUGUCACAGGUCUGAAAUGCUGUGUUUGUGUGUUGAGUCUGCUCUUGCCCAACCCUCCACUUUGGGAACUCACAUGUCGCCUAUUGCUGUCCCUGUUUACUCCGACCCUCAGGGAACUGGUACAGAAGUUGAAGCCAAGAGAGCAUGCAAGUGGCUUCGAGCAACAGGAUUCCCUCAGUAUGCUCAGCUUUUUGAAGAUUUCACCUAUUUGACAGAGACACAGCGAGAGAGGGAACACAAGCAGGGGGAGUGGGAGAGGGAGAAGCAGGCUUCCCGCCGAGCAGGGAGCCCGAUGCGGGGCUCGACGACAGGACCCUGGGAUCAUGACCUGAGCCGAAGGCAGACGCUUAACGACUGAGCCACCCAGGCACCCCUAGAACUGUAUUAUCUUGUUCCACAUACAGUCUCUCCGCGAAGGCAGGGAUCAUUUUUAUCUCGUUCGCUGUUGUAUCCCCAGUGCCUGGCAUCAAAAGGUCUGUUUCCCCUGGAUAUUGGCUCUGUGAAGAAGGACCACAGUUUUCUGGACGAGGACUCUUUGGGGGCCCUGUGCAGGAGGCUGAUGACCUUGAACAACUGUGCCUCGAUGAAACUGGAAGUUCACUUUCAAAGCAAGCAGAAUGAAGACUCAGAAGAAGAAGAGCAAUGUAGCAUCAGCAACCACUGGGCUUUCCAGCGAGAAAGUAAAUGCUGGUCUCGUGGGGGCUCCUCUGACCUGCUGGCCCCCCCGAGCCCUGGCCUGCCGGGGACCUCCAGCUGUGAGAGCGUCCUCACAGAGCUCAGCGCCACUUCCCUACCAGCCAUCACCGUGAGCCUAUCGCCGGAGCCAACGGACCUGCCCUCACCCUGCCGUGUCCCCAGCCUGAGUAACCAGCUCCUCCUUAGCCCCACCCAGGGCCAAGAGGGUCCCCGGGACAAAGCCAAGAAGCACCGUUCUCGUAGCUUCCUUAAGCACCUCGAUUCUCUGAGGCGGAAGGAAAAGGGUGGCGGUCAGCAAGCGGAGCCCGCGCGUGGCCCAGCCACCUUAGAGAAGGCCACAAAAGCCUCCUCUUUCUGCAGUCGCCGUGGCUUCCUCUCAGCUGGAUUCUACAGGGCCAAGAACAGAGCAGCCACCUCCGCUGGUGAUUGCGGCCCUGCGACUCAGAGGGCCUGGGAGGCCUGGCCUGUGGCCACGUUUCGGCAUCCGCAGCGGGUGCACCGGGGGGACUGCCUUGUGCACGUGCCCGGGGACCACAAGCCAGGCACAUUCCCUCGCUCCCUGUCCAUCGAGAGCCUGCUUCCUGAGGAUGGACAGCGCCUGGCAGAUUGGCAGCCAGGUCGGCCCCGGGGCUACGAAGGGCGCCGGGGCUCCUGCGGCUCCACGGGCAGCCAUGCCAGCAUCUAUGACAACAUGCCUGAGCUGUACCCAGCGGAGCCGCUACUGGCCGGGGCUGCAGCCGAAGAGGACGAGGGCAGGGGCGGCUACGCCCACCUGGACGAUAUCCUCCAGCACGUGUGGGGGCUGCAGCAACGGGUAGAGCUCUGGUCCCGGGCCAUCUACCCAGACCUGCAGACUGGAGAUAAGGAAGAGGAAGAAGAGGAGGAGGACGAAGGGGAGGAGGAGGUCACUUCAUCACUAGAGAUGGCCACAGUUGAGGUCGAGGGGCAGGCUGAGGCUCUGGCCCAGAUGGAGGCCCUGGCCCACGGAGGGUCCUCGGCCCUGGGCCAGGCUGAUGUUCCGUCAGUGGUCCCAGCUCAGGUUCAGGGUCGGGCGCAGGCUGAGCCCCUGGCACAGGCACAGGCCGAGGCCGGGGCUCAGGCCCGGAGUCCAGCCCAACAUAAUGGGCAGGAGGCAAAUUCAGGCGGGGAGCCCACCUCUGCCCCCAGCCUGAUGGUCGAAGACAGGCACUCCGUUGCUGACACUGUGGCCUCCUCCAGUGAACUGGACCGUAGUGGAAAGUCGGUGAAUGAGCCCGAGGCCGCAGGCUCGCUGGCUGGGCCUCAGGCAUCAGCACCACGGGAACGACGAGAUUCAGGCGUUGGGGCCUCACUUACCAGACCCUGCAGGAAGCUCCGUUGGCACAGCUUCCAGAACUCCCACCGGCCCAGCCUCAACUCAGAGUCCCUGGAGAUUAAUCGGCAGUUUGCCGGCCAGAUCCACCUCCUGCACAAGGGCUCGCUGCUGCGGCUCACCGCCUUCAUGGAGAAGUACACCGUGCCGCACAAGCCGGGAUGGGUCUGGUCAGUGCCCAAGUUCAUGAAAAGGCACAAGACCCCGGACUACCGGGGCCAGCACGUGUUCGGGGUGCCCCCCCUCAUCCACGUGCAGCGCACCGGCCAGCCGCUGCCACAGAGCAUUCAGCAAGCCAUGCGCUACCUGCGCAGCCAGUGCCUGGACCAGGUGGGCAUCUUCCGCAAGUCGGGGGUGAAGUCCAGGAUCCAGAACCUGCGCCAAAUGAAUGAGACCUCGCCAGACAAUGUUUGCUAUGACGGCCAGUCGGCCUACGAUGUGGCCGACUUGCUGAAGCAGUAUUUCCGGGACCUACCAGAGCCUAUCUUCACCAGCAAGCUCACCACCACUUUCCUGCAGAUCUACCAGCUCCUCCCCAAGGAUCAGUGGUUGGCAGCAGCGCAGGCCGCCACCUUGCUGCUCCCCGAUGAGAACCGCGAGGUCCUACAGACCCUGCUCUAUUUCCUAAGUGACAUCGCCUCUGCUGAAGAAAACCAGAUGACAGCCGGCAACCUAGCAGUGUGCCUGGCACCUUCCAUCUUCCAUCUCAACGUCUCCAAGAAGGAUAGCCCCUCACCCAGGAUCAGGAGCAAACGCAGCCUGGCUGGCCGGCCGGGCCCUAGGGACCUGAGUGAGAACAUGGCUGCCACCCAGGGCCUAUCACACAUGAUCAGUGACUGCAAGAAACUUUUCCAAGUCCCCCAGGACAUGGUGCUGCAACUAUGUGGCUCCUACAGCGCGGCUGAGCUCAGCCCUCCCGGACCGGGCCUGGCUGAGCUGCGGCAGGCCCAAGCUGCCGGCAGGAGCCUGAGCCUCUACAUGGAGGAGAGCGUCCAGGAGCUGCUCCGUGACGCUGCCGAGCGCUUCAAGGGCUGGAUGAGUAUGCCAGGGCCCCAGCACACGGAGCUGGCUUGCAGGAAGGCGCCAGACGGGCACCCCCUGCGUGUGUGGAAGGCGUCCACUGAGGUGGCGGCCCCUCCAGCCGUGGUGCUACACCGUGUGCUGCGGGAGAGGGCCCUCUGGGACGAGGACCUGCUGCGGGCCCAGGUGUUGGAAGCCCUGACGCCGGGCGUGGAGCUGUACCACUAUGUCACCGACAGCAUGGCGCCCCAUCCCUGCCGCGACUUUGUGGUGCUCCGGAUGUGGCGCUCCGACCUGCCCCGCGGCGGCUGCCUGCUAGUCUCCCAGUCCCUGGAUCCGGAGCAGCCCGUGCCAGAGUCAGGGGUGCGGGCCCUGGUGCUCACUUCCCAGUACCUCAUGGAGCCUUGCGGCCUGGGCCGCUCCCGGCUCACUCACAUCUGCCGCGCUGAUCUCAGGGGCCGUUCUCCUGACUGGUACAACAAAGUCUUUGGGCACCUGUGUGCCAUGGAAGUGGCAAAGAUCCGGGACUCCUUCCCCACCCUGCAGGCAGCUGGCCCCGAGACAAAGUUGUGAGCCUCAGCUUGGCGCCAGGCUGGCACCACCCAGGCCCCUCGGCACCAAGGGAGUAAGGGGGUAAGGAGAGGAGAGCAGCCCCCACGUGUUGCUUCCAGGGGCAGAGCCAGGCCCCUGCCGAUCCAGCAGCCUGCUGUCCCCUUGGCUUCCUGAAGCUCCUCCACGCAUACAGGGGAGGAGGAGAGGAUUUCAGUGUCCCAUCUCUACUCCACCUGCAGCCACCAGCCUGUGGUCUGUCCUCCCAAGAGAGAGGAGUCAUUUUCAGAAGCAGAAGCCUGCUGCGGCCCUCCAGGCCCACCAAGGCACCAUCAGUCUGAAGCCUUGCCAGCACCCCCCCUGCAGGGGGAAGGAGCUAGCGAGCAGUGUGUGCAUCCGGCUCUCUGCCACUCCGAGAGGCCAGGCCGUCCUUUUUGGUGCUCGGGUCCCUUUGAGGUUGGCAGGAGGCUCUGGUCCUGCCUCGGGGCCUAAUAUUGGCCCUGAACCGGCUCAGCCAGAGAAAGCGGACUAGAGAGGAUGAGCACGGGGCAGCCCCAACCGCCAUGAGCUGUUUUAUUGGUGUAAAUGCGAUGCCGAUUCUCAUGAGGCUGAUUUAAAGAGUGGGCACUACCAGCAGGCAACAGGGCAGUUUGGGGCAGCCUGGGACAUGCUAGUGGGGGGCAGGGGGCUUCCUUUCUCAGGUCUCAGGAGACCAGUGACUCAGUCUCCCCGGCUCGGGCCCCCUAAUUGAUCUGCCACUCCCUGGUGUUCUGUGCGGCCCUUGGUCACACGCUCUUAUGUCUGGAGAGCAAACGGGCUCACUGCCACCACACAGGCCAAGCAAAAACAGAUGGUAGUGAAGAGACACAUAUCUGUGUCUGUGUCCCUUCUCCCUGCUCUUCCUGCCUAUGGUGACAGGCUGACAUAAGAGCACCGUCAUCAAGCAGAGACCUGGCCCCUGCUUCCGGCAGCUGGCCAGCCAGGUGGAAGGGCUGAGUCUCACCUCAGCCGGCUGGGGCUUGACCAAACCUGAUCCAUCCCACCCAGCAGCCAUCUUGGCUUACGUGGAAUUCCAAAUGACGUUCAGAUGCCAACUGGUGCUCUAUUUUUCUUUCAGCUCAGUAAACUGGAGUGGGAUGGGUCCCAGCCAAUGUUGUAAUUUUUAAGCCUAUUUUAUUUGUACCUAUAAAUACUGUACAGUCAGAAUAUAUAUAUGUAUUUGUGUAUAUAUAUAUAUAGAUACAUACAUAUGCACAUCUAUAUAUGCACACAUAUUCUAUCGUGAGUAUAUUAUAAUCUGUGGGUGCGAGCAGGGGUCUGGAAAGCCCGAGGGAGCAGGGAUGAGGGAGGUGGAGGGCAGGAACCAUGUGACCCCUCGGCAGAACAAUAAAGCAUUG